CUGGGCCUGGCGGGGGCGAGGCUUCCCAUGGCCGCCAAUUCCUCCCUCCUCCCCCCCUUCCCCUCCUGGCUAGCCACAGGUUUGAGGGAGCAGCGGCGGAGCGACCACCUGUGAGGAGCAUGCGCGCAACGAAGGAGGAUGUUCUGUGAAAUCCUAGGAAAUGGAUCUAGUCUCUUUGAAAUGUUUGCUUCAACAGCCUAAUGGAAGAAUCUUUCUGAAGAUUGGGACAGCAGUUUUUUUAAAAAAUUGAGCUUCUACCUGCUAUGGAACAAAGUGAGAAUCAACAAGGAUCCUCAUCAGAGAUUCAAGAUGAAAGCAGAAGCAACACAAGACUUUUGCCUAGCCCAGCUGCUGCUGUCAAAGGGGAAAUAAAGAAAUAUGCAGUUACAGAUGACUAUAAAAUCUCUAAACGGGUUUUGGGCCUUGGUAUUAAUGGAAAAGUAUUGGAAUGUUUUCACAAAGUGACAGGACGGAAAUGUGCUUUAAAGCUCUUGUAUGACAGCCCAAAAGCACGACAGGAAGUGGAUCAUCACUGGCGAGCUUCAGGCUGUCCCCAUAUUGUCCAUAUCUUGGAAGUUUACGAGAAUAUACACCAUGGGAAGAGAUGCCUUCUAAUCAUCAUGGAGUGCAUGGAGGGAGGGGAACUCUUCACUCGAAUCCAGGAGCGAGGAGACCAAGCUUUCACGGAAAAAGAAGCCUCCGAAAUAGUGAGAGACAUUGGAACAGCCAUCCAACAUCUUCAUGGGAUGAACAUAGCUCACAGAGAUGUCAAGCCAGAAAACCUUCUUUAUACAUCCAAAGAGAAAGAGUCAGUGCUUAAGCUCACAGAUUUUGGGUUUGCUAAAGAGACAACCAUACAGAAUGCACUGCAGACUCCUUGUUACACUCCUUACUAUGUGGCCCCAGAAGUACUUGGUCCUGAGAAAUAUGACAAAUCCUGUGAUAUGUGGUCUCUUGGUGUCAUCAUGUAUAUUCUUUUGUGUGGGUUCCCUCCAUUCUAUUCCAAUACUGGCCAAGCCAUUUCCCCAGGAAUGAAAAGAAGAAUUCGGAUGGGGCAAUAUGGAUUUCCAAAUCCUGAAUGGUCAGAAGUAUCUGACGAAGCCAAGCAGCUCAUUCGUCUAUUGCUGAAAACUGACCCAACAGAGAGGAUGACCAUUUCUCAAUUUAUGAAUCAUCCCUGGAUUAACCAAUCCAUGGUGGUGCCACCGACCCCUCUUCACACUACUCGAGUCCUGCAAGAAGAUAAAGACCACUGGGACGAAGUGAAGGAGGAAAUGACUAGUGCUUUGGCGACCAUGAGAGUAGACUAUGAUCAGGUAAAAAUUAAAGAUUUGAAAAUAUCCAACAAUCGACUCCUCAACAAACGACGUAAGAAACAAAAACAAGGAGGCACCUCAACUGCAUCAGCUGGCUGUAACAACCAAUAAAGACGAGAGAAAUAAAAUGAAAUAAUUAGUUGAACUGAAAUCAUCACACAAAGGAUACAUAACUGAAACACGAAUGUGGGUGAUGAGAACUUUUUAUUUCAACGCAACUGGGCCUUUUUCUACAAAGAAUUUUGUUAACCAUUCUAUUACAUUUUAGUAUACUUUACAUAAGGAGCUGCAACAAACCUUAGAAUAUCAGUGAAAUUGGAUAAAUAAAUAUUUCUUGUGGUAAUGCGGGUUCAGUGCUUAUAAAAGCACAAUCACAACAAGCAAUUCUAAAUCCCUUUUUUCAUAUAAAGCAAUUAAGAGCAUCCAUCUGCUUAACUCUCAGAUGAAUUCAUAAGGACAUAAAUGUGCUUAAUUUAGACUGGAUUAUGCUGAAUCCAUUCAAGAGAAAUAGAUUAAACCAUGCAUAAAGCAAAAAAAUCAGGUUAUUACAAGAAGCAAUCAGAAAGUUAUGAAAAAGUAAGUUUUUCAUAUAUUUUUGUUUGAUUUUCAUUGUUCAUUUCUAUUGUAUUUAAUGUUCUUAUCAGUUUAAUGCUCUUAUUUUAUACACCAUCCAUCUGCAUAAGGAAGCAUCGCUUUUUAGUCUUUUACAAUUUAAGGUUUAAGGGAUUAUUACAAGCUUGCUUCCAUUCUUACGUUCAGAUCAUGUAGAUAAGAACAGUGUAGUCAGUCAUAUGUGAAGUGGGCACACAUUUUUUUCAACCACAGGAAACUUCCGCUGGCUACCUUGUAGGAUCCACAUAGCAAAAAAACAAACAGGUAUGAAUACAGUUGCUACAUUUUACGAUUUAGAUGUACCAUUUCCUUGUUUACAUAUAGGCCGUAGUUUAUUUUUAUCACAUAUUUUUUCAACCGUUUACUUUUUUAAAUUAAGUAUCAGAGAUUAAUAUAUAGCAUUAAUCAACCAAAAUAUCAUUGUUUAUGUCAGCAUCCACAAUUUUGCACAAAGAUUUUAGCUGAAAUUUUAUACAGUUCAGAAGGAAAUGAUUCCCAGAUGCACUAUGAUUUUUUUACUAAAAGAACCACAAUAUAGCUAUCAGGGUAUAGCUAGAGGGCACACUUUUUACAUUCUUUUCCAGCAGUAGAGAGUUUCCAGUGGUCUGGGGUUGACAUGGUGGCAUCAUCAGAGAGGACAGAGGUAGAAUCACCCCUUCCCUUCUUGUGAUGUUGUUUUUAAAAACGUAUUAAACCAAUUGGCCCUACUUCACCUAUUUUAUUUAUAUUCCUUUUAUUUAGCUAUUGAUUAAUUUCCAUGAGAAAUCUUGGGAAACUACUACCAGAAAAUAAAUGGUUACAAUUGCAGUUUCCUGAGAUAAGGUAUUAUUUUGGCUAUUCUGUGAACUGGGAGAUAUAGUACUUUCAUGUACUGUCCACAUGUAAAAAGUUUAAAACAUGGGCACAUGCCAUGAGUACUUCUAAAUUCCAAGAGGAAAUUUGCAAAUUUCACACACACACACACACACAUUACUACAGUUGUUUUUAUGUAUCAUAUAUUAUUUCUUAAUACCCUGUAGAUUAGGGUGGAUAGGAUAACAAAAAUUGAAAUCACUCAAGUAAUUCUUGUGGAUAUUUUUUUAGAGAGUUUAGAUAUUCCAGUAUGGCGAUAUAUGCAACAAGAAAAGCAACUGUGCCAAACACUAAACGUCUCAAACGGGGGUGUAUUUUCACACAAUAUCUCUUAAUAACCUUGUCCUGAGAAACCUGCAUUACAUACCAAUUAUCUUUAUUCAAAUCAUUUCAUUGUCCAAACAUUUUCUUUGAAAAGGGAUAUUCCUAUUCCUAUGACAAUUUCCCACACAUGCAAGUGUCCCUGGCCCUCUAGGAAGAAGGUGAGAACUAAUCCAGCCCUCUCUCUCAGCUUUCAUUUGUGCUCCAGUUUUUGAGAUGCUAACGAACAGCAGGUGCUUGUUUAUGUUAUUUCUCAUUUCUAACACUCACUACAGGAAAGAGAAACCCUUUGAUGGCCUCCGUGUUUGUCAGAGGGCUCAAGGGGGAGAUGAAGUCUUCUCCUAAUGGUACUUGUAAAAUGGCGAGAUGAUAAAUAAUUGCAGAUGAAUUGUUGUAUUCUUUACAUUCUCCAAACUAAGUCUGCUGCACAAGCCUGGAGACCAGAGAUGGAGGAAGAAAAUUUGUGGCUGUUAAACCAAAAAAUAUUGAUGACUUUCUAUUAUAUCCUUAUUCUAGAAUUAUAAGGAUUAAUCUGCAAUGAAGUAAAUUUCUAUUAAUUACAUAGGUGCCUCUCUUUGAUUUGCAAGCAUAUUAAAUUGAUGUUAAAAGCACUUCAGACUGUUUGGGAAAUUCUAACAUUUUGCAGAUAUUAAUAAAAUGGUGCUUUACCAAUUUUUUUUCUUAAA